GUUUAAUCAUUUCCCUAUCCCAUAUUGCUCGAAGUGGAUGCACGACAGAGCAAAGGAUCCCAUCAUGAUCCACUGACUGAAGAUGAGGAACGUCUGUUACGUAUUUAUGGAAUGUUACCUCAUGGUGGAGGUCUGCUUGGACAGCAGUCUAAGAAACGGACGUAUUUCGACUCGGGUGAUUUUGCUGUCUCUUCAGCCGAUCGCGUGACUGAUAUGGAAAUGUUAAGACUGGCACCGCCCAUCCUCAACGACAAAGUAUUUCGCAGCCAUAUGCCCCUAUUCCUAACACUAGAAACGUCAAUAAAGAUGCCAAUAAAGACAUUCGUGCCAAAAGCAGUCCGGAAGAAGCAGCUAAGAGUUCACUUUGUCUGCAACCAGAUACCUAUGAAUGCCGCAGAAUUAUGAAGACAGAUAUUAGUUCUGGCUAAAAUAUAUCGGACAUCCCCAC